AUGCUGUCUGGACCGGGAAGUGUGGAGUGGAACGCCAAGGUGCGGCACGACCGUACCACCUACCUGCGCCCCUUCCCCGCCUCCGGUCUUCCUGACUGCGUGUUGACACCGGGUCCAGGUGGGAGAGCAGGGGAGAGGGUGGUAGAUGCUGUGCAAGUCUACGUCCAUUAUAAACUAAAUAACGCACAGGCCACCGUCCCUGCUUCACCUUGCUGUGGAGCACAUGGUGGACAUCGUCGGUAACGAUGGUCGAACUGUCGGAAGAACGCUGAAAUUAAUAACGCUCAAUUUUGUAUGUAGCCUGUGACACUUGGUCGCUGAUUGGCAUCCGAACAUGUGGUCUUGUAAAAUAUCUUCCGCCUGUGAGUCCACAUUCUCAAAACUAGGUGGCAAACUUGCUGCCUUAUUCAACCGUAUCUCGUACAAUGUGAAACUAGAAAAAUUACACUGAACUGUCGUGACUCCGUUCAGAAAAAGGUGACUGGCUGACUGAACACUUGUGCCGAGGCGCCUGAAUAUCUUGCCUUUCCCUACCUGUUCCUCAUGUUGACUUUCUAUUUACAUACGGCCCGUUUGCCUUGUUUCUACCAUCAUGACCUGCCAAUAGAAGCGAAAAGACGAGUCGCAGGAAGCAGUCUUGAAGAAGAAGACACGAUCGCCGGGACAAGAGCUUUAUUAGCCUGACGUUUCGGAUUCCUGCUCGAAUCCAUCAUCAGAGACAUAAGCAGAUAAGGGUGGUUCAUGCACAUGCGGCUGCAGUAUUUAUAGGAUGCAGUAGCCAUGCCACCGCAUACCUAUGAAUGUUCACGGCUCCCUCCCCUUCAUCAGGAAUCGUUGCACGUGGCGUGAUGGCCGAUAUUCGCGUCGUUAAUUGAUGUAAUUUCAUCACGUGCGUUGGAUGUUGGUGUGAUGAUUGCUCGACCAUCUGACGCGCUGACCCGGGUAUUGGGAAGAGUGUUCAUCAAGGCGCUCCCCGCGUGGCCAAUUUCUCCGCCUAGACGAGGUCUCAGCACGCUGUAUUGAAUGGGAAGAUCAUUGCACUUGUUAAUAGACUGGGGGCCAGUGAACCAUGACUCAAGCAGCUCCCGGCUCACGCGGUUGUCACCUCUUGCGAGAAUUUCGGCCUCCGCCACGGCAAGAAACGUCUGGAGUCGUUUAUCGGAUCUGGUGCAGUUGCGGACAAAGCAACUACGUCGGAGAAACCGGAAGACAGCUCCGAACGCGCAUGGCCGAACACGCUGCAGCAGUGCGGAGAAAUGACGCCAGCUCUCAAGUUGCGGCUCAUUCGACGGGUUCCGGUCACACAUUCAAAUUUGACGAGGCCGAAAUUCUCGCAAGAGGUGACAACCGCGUGAGCCGGGAGCUGCUUGAGUCAUGGUUCACUGGCCCCCAGUCUAUUAACAAGUGCAAUGAUCUUCCCAUUCAAUACAGCGUGCUGAGACCUCGUCUAGGCGGAGAAAUUGGCCACGCGGGGAGCGCCCUGAUGAAAACUCUUCCCAACACCCGGGUCAGCGCUUCAGAUGGUCGAGCAAUCAUCACACCAACAUCCAACGCACGUGAUGAAAUUACAUCAAUUAACGACGCGAAUAUCGGCCAUCACGCCACGUGCAACGAUUCCUGAUGAAGGGGAGGGAGCCGUGAACAUUCAUAGGUAUGCGGUGGCAUGGCUACUGCAUCCUAUAAAUACUGCAGCCGCAUGUGCAUGAACCAUCCUUAUCUGCUUAUGUCUCUGAUGAUGGAUUCGAGCAGGAAUCCGAAACGUCAGGCUAAUAAAGCUCUUGUCCCGGCGAUCGUGUCUUCUUCUUCAUCAUGACCUCUACGAAUUUCAACGAUGCCACUACUUCUCUCAGUGGACUUGUUUCCUCUCUCCCAGACUUUUGGUAACAUGCGCCAGAACUUUAUUUUUUCUGUAUCGAGGUGACAUUUCAUUCCGCCAAGAUAACACGCGAAACAGACAAAUAUUGUAAGUUGGUCAAGGCCCUUCCUCCGACCAUUCUUUCCCAAGGGCAGAGGUUUCUAAGAGAUCCCCCGACUGAUGCUCCCUACACCAACUUAAAGGCUGAACUCCUUCGCCUGACAUCAGUCUCCGAUCGGCAGCGUUAUCACGCAUUGGUAAAAGAGGAUGCCUUAGGUGAUCGCAAGCCAUCGGAACUCUUGCGUCGUGUGCGUUCUCUCGUUGGGAACAUGGCCAUCGACGACAAGUUCUUUAAAGAGAUGUUCUUAGACCGUCUGCUGACGUCGGUACAAACAAUCUUGGCCUCUGGCUCAGACGACCUAGACAUAUCAAAGCUAACUGAGAUGGCCGAUCAUAUGAUGGAGGUUGAACGUUUGUCAUCCCGGACGAUUGCUCAGGUUUCCCAGCCUCUGACCUAG